CCUUAUAACAUCCCUGUGGCCUGUUUCCUUACGAUUUCAUCGGUCUGAGUCAAGCAGAGAAGUCCACCAUGCCCACCAAGAACGUUGUCGAGGAGCGACUCUCCAAAUUCAAGAACAAGGGCAAAGAUCCAGCAAAACUUCGAGAGAAAAGGAUCUCGGUGUGCGUGGAGCUGCGCAAAGCUCACAAGGAUGAAAAUUUCCUGAAGAGAAGAAACCUCACGCUGUCGUCUCUCCCGGACGAGGAUGCCCUCGACUACAUCUCCAAUGACAUGGUGGCCGUUUUACCGCUUGAUGAAAUCAUUAAGGACGUCAACUCUGACUGCAUGGAGUCCCAAACCCGAGGCUGUCAGGCAGCCAGGAAACUGCUGUCUCAGGAGCGUAACCCUCCAAUGAAGGAGAUCAUAGAUGCAGGUCUGCUGUCCCGCUUUGUGUCCUUUCUGGGUAUGGAUGAUGAGCCGACUCUGCAGUUUGAAGCAGCUUGGGCACUUACAAACAUUGCCUCUGGAACUACUUGGCAUACUCAACAGGUGGUGGAACAUGGGGCGGUACCAGCUUUCAUUGCCUUGCUGGCUUCACCAAUGUUGCACAUCAGUGAACAGGCUGUCUGGGCUCUUGGAAACAUUGCAGGUGACGGUGCAGCUUAUCGAGACGUCCUGAUUGAGUGCAAUGUUAUCCCAGCCUUACUGGCCCGCAUCUGCCCAGACACACCAGUUGGCUACCUGCGUAACCUGACCUGGACUUUGUCCAACUUGUGUCGCAAUAAGAACCCGUUUCCACCCUUGUCUGCAGUCAUGCAAGUGCUUCCCUCUCUGAUCCAGUUGCUCCAUCUUGGCGAUAAGGACAUCUUGUCUGAUGCAUGCUGGGCAAUUUCCUACCUUUCAGACGGUGACAAUGACCGUAUUGAUAUUGUAGUGAAAACUGGAAUUGUCUCUCGGCUGGUGGAGCUCAUGAGCCACAAGGAGCUUAGUGUCAUGACCCCUGCCCUCCGCUCAAUCGGGAACAUAGUGAGUGGCUCAGACCUGCAGACCCAGGCAGCAGUUGAUGCAGGAGUCCUGAAAGUCCUACCUCAACUGAUGAGGCACUCAAAGGCCAGUGUGCAAAAGGAGGCAACAUGGGCAUUGUCCAACAUCGCUGCAGGACCAUGUAGGCAAAUCCAACAGCUCAUCACCUGUGGCCUGCUCCCCCCUCUGGUGGAGCAGCUAAAAAAUGGUGACUUCAAAACUCAAAGGGAGGCAGUGUGGGCAGUGACCAACUUCACCAGUGGGGGCACUGUGGAGCAGGUGGUCCAUCUGGUUCAGUGUGGGGCCCUGGAGGCUAUCAUUAACUUGUUGCAGGUCAAAGACACUAAAGUAAUUCUUGUCAUACUGGAUGCCAUCAACAACAUCUUCAUGGCAGCAGAGAAGCUUGGUGAGACUGAGAAACUUUGCCUGUUGGUUGAAGAGCUGGGAGGACUGGAUCGUAUUGAGAUGCUGCAGAACCAUGACAAUGAAACAGUGUACCAGGCUGCUCGUACCCUUAUAGAGAAGUACUUCAGUGAUGAUGACGUCGUGGGAGUUAAGGUCGACAGUACGGAUGACUCAUUUGUAUUCAAGACUUCUGAUGUUCAGAGGACUUUUGAAUUUUAGACAGUUUUGAUUGCAUGUUGAAUAAAUAAACUUACAGUAUAUUAAGGAUGUA